AUGCCCGUCACCGAAAUCGGCUGCAUGGGCGUCAAGCCCGGCCUCGACGUCAUGGACGACACCACGGAAGCGGGCCAGAUCCUGACGCGCGCAUACAAGACCGUCAUCACCGCAUCAGGAGGACCCUACGGCGCGUACUGGGGCGUUGAGAUCGAGGCCAAUGCCAAUGCCGACGAUGAGACCGACGUCCGCGACGUCCGACCCACGGAUCCGCAGAGACUCUGGGCCUUCUUCGACUUCGACAGCGUGGAACACCACGAGAAAUUCGCGAACGGCCCCGGGCGCGACGCCGUCAAGGACCUGCCCAAGAUCCUCACGCACAGCGAGUUCUCCAAACACGUCGUCGUGGCGCCAUUCCCGCCUCUCGUACUCCUCUCCCCUGUCACGGAGGUGAUGCUGGCUUAUUUCCCCUCGGACAUUUCGCGGACCGGCAAAGACGCGGCGAGUGCGCGAUUCGAGCGGUUCGUCGACGUGGCGCUCAACCAGUGCGCGGCCGCAAAGGGUGUGGCAUGUGGAUGGGGGUUGGAGACGGAUUUUCCGAUCAGAGGAGCAGAGGCAGAGUCAGGUUCACUGGCAGAGGCAGAGGCAGGCCCAAAACCAGGCCGGCGGAAGGGAGCACUGUUCACCGCGUUUAUUGGCUGGCCGAGCAUUGCUGCGCAUAUGGCGUUUCAAAGGACCGGUGUAUUCAAGGAGAAUGUCCAUCUGAUCACGGGCAUGGAAGGGGUGGUGAGCAUCGUCAUGUUCCAUGUUAGGUGUCGGGGGAUGGUGAGAGAGGAGGGGAUGAGGACGGAGUAA